GCGGGGGGCCUUCCGAGCGGCGCGCGUUAUAAGAAGGGACACGCGGCAACCCCGCACACGCUUUGGACAAAGCGAGGAUCGGGUUUCUCUCUCCAAGCUGAGAGGCCACCCACCACCACCCCAUCUUGCUUCGCAUCUGCAGGUGGUGCCUCCCGGAGUCCGCAGCCCCACCACCUCUCUUGCUCCCGUGGCGGCACCCCUCGGGCUUCCUGCUGCUCCCUCCAAGACAGCCGUGACCGUGGUCAUGGCCGAGAGAGCAUCGGCACCUACCCAGGUGGGGCGUGGAGACUGUUACUACACGUACACGGAGCUCCUGGCCAUCUCCCGGCGCUUCAAACAGAACCCCAACGAGCUCAUAAUCUCCUGGAUCCUGCGCGUGUAUGACCAAGGCGGCUCGGCCCUGACCCUGAACUCCCGGGAGCUGACACUGCUGGGCGACCUGACCAGCGACACCGCCUUCAACUACCACUGCAAGGGCCUGCGGGGCGGCUGCCAGACGCUGCUCACCUGGCUGCUGCAGGCCUGGCGCCAGCGCUGGGAGUCCUUCAUGUACUUCGAGGGUACCGAGCUGCCCUUCCGGCCCUGGACCACCGUAGAGGAGGGUGUCCAGCUGGUGCGCGAGCUGGGCAUGCUGGACUGGAUCUACCAAGAGCCCACCUCGCCCCCCGCAUCUGAGCAGGCACCGUGGCCUGCGCCCGAGGACGUGCCCUUUGCACGCCACCUGCAGCGGCACCUGCUGACGGCCGCACCCUCUGAGCUGCGGGUCACGCUGCUCAGCCUGCUGGUCAAUGGUGUGACGGUGCUGGAGAUGGUGAUGAGGAUCCAGGCUGUCGCAGAGGUUGGCCUGCUCUGGCGCCACAACCAGCCAGGCCGCACCAAGCUCCUGCUGGGACCCAACCCAACGCGCAAGGACCUCCUGGGCUGGCUCCUCAGCCACGGCGUGCCCAGGGAGAGGGUGGACAAGCAGCCCACCAAGGUCCUCCUGGAGCUGUACAUCAAAGAGGCCAAGCGCAGCCAAAGCCACCCGGCCUACAUGCAGGGGGAGGAGCAGCCCACACCGCCCCCCUACUCUGACCAGGCCUGUGGGGACGACCCACCCGUGCGCCCUGACUAGGAACCCGCCAGCGAGGCGGAUGCUGGAGAUCCGGGGGACCGGGUCCUUGUAGGCAAGAUGCAAAGCCCCCAAUCAUUCCUGGGGUGGGCUGAGGGACCUCCCACCUGCCCUUGAGCCUGUGAAGGGCAGACUACCCCUGCAUCGUUUCUGAGGAGCCUAGAAGACUGUCCUUGCCCCAAGCCAUGCUGUUGUCACCAGGUGGAGCUGAUAGAGGGAAGUGAACUGACUGGGCGCCCGGUGGCUCCUUAAGAGACCCCAGCAGGCGUCUUACAUUGCAGCCCAGACGGCAUGAUGGGUGGGCACCCACCCCUCUGUCCCAUGGACCCCCAUAGCACUACAGGCCCUGCGGGGAGGCCCCGCGGCCCACAACAUGAAGUUUGUACCCUUUUUCCUAAGGGCUUUUUCUUUAUUUCUUUUUAAUGUAUUGUUUUUACUUAAUACUUUAAGCAUAUAUGCACUUUGGUUUUAAGGGUGCUCUUUUCUCUUGCCAUGGUCUCUCUCUCAAGGUUAUUUUGUAGCCCUGGCGGCGGUGGCUCAGUGGAUUGAGUGCCAACCUAUGAACCGAAGGGUCGGCAGUUUGAUUUCCUAGUCAGGCACAUGCCUGGGUUGCAGGCCAGGUCCCCAGUUGGGGGCCUGUGAGAGGCAACCGAUCGAUGCAUCUCUUGCACAUUGAUGUUUCCCUCCUCUUUCUCCUUCCCUUCC